AUGUAUUUGAGUAAGUUCACAACUGACGAUCGUGAGAAAAACAGAUUGAGAUUGACGACUUCUAUUUAUUGCGUCAGUUGGUGUGCCUUUCAAGCAGUUGCAUUUAGAGGCCACAACGAAAAGUCAGAUUCCAUUAACAGAGGGAAUUUUCUUGAUAUAUUGGAGGCACUUAGUGAGUUUAGCACCGAGCUUAAAGAGUUAUUUUGUCAUCCUCCCAUAUAUGCAUCAUAUACAUCAUCGCUUAUUCGAAAGAAAAUUUUGAAUCUUAUAUCAAAUAAGGUGAGACAAUUGAUUUGUGAGGAGAUUGGUUGUCGAAGGUUUUGUUUACUUGUUGACGAAGCACAAGAUGAGUCUCAUAAGGAGCAAAUGUCUCUUGUUUUGAGAUUUGUCAAUAAAGAGGGCUUCAUUAUAGUGCCUUUUUUUGGACUUGUUCAUGUACGUGACACUACAACACAAACGUUUAAGGACAAAAUCUAUUAUCUGUUGUCACAUUACAACCUUGAUGUCAAGUCUAUUCGUGGACAAGGGUAUGAUGGUGCAAAGCAAUAUGCGAGUGCUUCCUCCAAACGCACCAACCAACUACGAGAUGCACAAGUCGAGCAAAUUGCAUACUUGAUUUCUGUUGAUGAAUUGGAGACCGGCAGAGGUUUUAAUCAAAUUGGUACAUUACAACGAGCUGGAGAUACUAGAUGGAGUUCUCAUCUCAGAUCGGUUUCUAGCCUAAUCAAGAUGUUCAGUCCAACUUGUGAGGUUUUGCUUAAAUUUUUUGAGGAAGGAACUGGGCCAAUCAAAGGAGAUGCAGAUUCGGCAUAUGAGGCUAUGACGACAUUUGAGUUCAUAUUUGUCUUGCAUCUCGAAAGAGAAAUAAUGGAGAUCACUGAUUUACUUUGUCAAGCUUUACAAAGGAAAGAUCAAGAUAUUUUUAACUCAUUGAGGUUAGUUGCAUCUACCAAAUUAUUAUUGCAAAUAAUGAAGGAUGAAAGCUGGGAUGCUUUGCUUUGCCUUUUUAAGUCAUUUUUUCAGGUAUGUAGCAUAGAUAUUCCUGACUUGUCUUCUUCCUACUUUAGCAGAGGGAAUCGAGCUCGUAAUGAGCAUAGUGAUCAUACACUUAAGCAUCAUUACCGAGUGGAUAUCUUUUAUGAAGCACAUAAUUGUCAAUUAAUGGAAUUACAUCAUCGUUUCAGUGAUGGUUCCAUGGAGAUGCUUUGUCUUGCUUCAAUUCUAGAACCUAAAAAUGCGUAUGAGACUUUUAGAAGUCUUGAUGUACGACAACUAGUAGAGAAGUUUUAUCCUGAAGAUUUCAGUGAUCAUGAGAAAACAAUUCUGAAAAUGCAACUUCAACAUUAUGCUAUUGAUAUCGUUCAACAUAUAGAUUAUAAGCAAUUGACAUCUAUUGUAGAAUUGGGUCAAUAG